AUGCUAGUGGAAAAGUUGCUGCACUAUGAAGCCUUACCUCAAGGAACCCUUAGAAGACUUCAUGCAAGCAAUGUGAUAGCUUUAAUCUCAUCACUGACGUACCUUUUCUCCUUCUCUUUAAAGCAAACUACAAAUCUGAACCUUCCUCCUGAAGAUCUUGAUUCUUCUGGUGAUGAUGAGGAUGCAUUCUCUGGUUCAGGUGCAGGUCCCCUGACUGACCACUCUCACACCUGGAGAAUCUCAGGAGAACCAACUAAUUCCUCACUAGUGGCAAUACCAACAGAUUUUGAUGAACAACCAUUUCCUGGGACUGAGGGCCGAACUGAAAAGGAAGCAGUAUCUCCUUUUGCAACUAGUUAUGUAGUGACAGAGGAGCCAGUUGUGGCUGUGAAGGAUGAAGGAACUGUCCUGGGUUCGCCCGAUGAAAAACCAAGCGAUGUGGUUACAACAACAGUGAGAAGCCCCACUACUCACUUCCCUUCAGUGGUUCAUGUAGAUCCUUCAGAAGCCUCAGGCACAGUCCAUAAUCUCGAACCUAAAAUCCCAAGCUCUGAUAUGCCAGACACUAAAGAUGUGCCUGAGCCCCACCCUACCAUCCAUCAUGAGGGAGACGUCGCUGCCAUCCUCACGACAGCAGCUCCGAAGGAUGUUGUUCCUACGCACGCAGAGGUUUCUGAAGAUGGUUCUGGAGACCCGGGAGACUUCAUCUUGACUAAAGAUGAGGAUUUGGUCCCCACCCAGAACUCAGAAGUAUUACCUGACUCUGGGAGGAAUGCCAAAGCAGCAGGAGCCUCGGGAAUUAUGGACAGAAAAGAAGUUCUUGGAGGUGUUAUUGCUGGAGGACUGGUAGGCUUGGUGUUUGCAGUGUUUCUAGUUGCAUUUAUGCUGUAUAGAAUGAAGAAAAAAGAUGAAGGCAGCUAUUCACUGGAUGAACCAAAACAGUCUAAUGGAGGAUACCAAAAACCACACAAACAAGAAGAAUUCUAUGCAUAAACAUUUAU